AUGAUCAAAUCUGCCCGUACCAAGAAUGGACGGGUUGAGGGGGACCAGUUCAUUGUCGCCACUGAUUGGAACCCGAUGCUCGCCGCUGGACAGGUUGUGGGAUAUCUGCGUCUCACCCCGGAGGAAGUCACCCAGCUCACGGAUAUGCCUAUCUACUCCAACUUUUCUACUGGCUUCUUUGCCCUCCCUCCCCAUGAGCCAACUGGCUACCUGAAAGUUGCCUGUCAUGGUUUCGGUUAUACUCGCGAGGAGCCCUCGGUCACAUCCGCACCCCCUGGCUCAGCAGUUGCUUCGCGAGCUAAUUACAUCCCAGCUGAUGGAUUGAAACGCCUCACGUCGGGAUUGAAGGAUCUUCUCCCACAGCUGGUGGGAAUCUGCUGGUACAACGCUACUCCGACUAGAGAUUUCAUUUUUGAUUUCUACCCGGAGUACAAGAACUUGUUCAUUGCCACUGGAGGAAGCGGACAUGCUUUCGGGUUCCUGCCUUUGAUCGGAAAAUACAUUGUGGGAAGCUUCCAACGCAAGCUUUCGCAGGAGUUGCUUGACAAAUGGAAGUUCCCUACCCAAUUUUGUGAGCGAGAUGGAAGCCGCGGAGGACUAGAGCGAAGGGAGUUGACAGCUCAAGAGCUCGACACAUUUGAGACGGCGUUGAAAGCUGCUUCAUCCAGACCAAGCAAGAUUUGA